AUGAAGUUCUUUUUAGUGGCUUUGGUGGCCCUGCUGAUCUUGACCUACGCUCCAGGUGGCACGGAAAAAUGCUGGAACCUUCUCGGCAAAUGCCGCCAGAAGUGCCUCGGGAAAGAAAAGUUCUUCGUUUACUGCUUGAAUAACAAGCUUUGCUGUGUGAAGGACAAGAACAUGCCCAGAGACAGGCCUUGGCUACACUGA